AUGGCGAAGCUACCAACAGACGCGAUUACCAAACCAUUUACCGACGAAUUCAACGCAAUCCAGAAGCUCUAUGCCGAAGGCAAAAUCAACGAGUGCAUUUCUCGCGCUCGAGACCUCAUCGCUGAGCCCGCUAUCCCACGCUACCAUAAUAUUCGAACCUUGCUCAUUCUGGUAAACGCUGUGCCCGCUCGGAAGGAAGCUUGGAGAUUCCUCGAGGAUGCCCAGGUCCUGUUCCACCUCGUCCGCCGCUUCCAUCUCGAGGGGGAGGACGCGGACAUCGACAAGACUAUACAGGAGCUCUGGGACAGCAUUUCAGAAUUGAAACAGAUGCUUACUGGUGAACUGGACGGAGAUGAAAAGCCAGAAGAUAAGGUCCAUUCCAAGCUUGCCGAGAUCGAGGCACAAGCACAAGCAGCCGAAAGAUGGACCAAGGCCGAGGAAGAAGCAGAUGAUGUGGCGCUGGGCUAUUCAGUCGGGGAAGCACGCGAGAAGACGGCUUGUAAAGCGGCCCGGAGAAAUGCAGAGUUCGCCGAUUUCGGACAGAAACUACUUCUUGCUUCGCCUGCAAUUCCUACGAAUUCUGAGAACUCUGAGCCAGCUUCAGCCAUUCAACAACCGCUUGGGCCUUCUCCCGCAAGUCGAGCAAUGAAGUAUCAAGAGAGUGCAGCCUUCGGCUCUCCCACUUCGGCCACGACCUGGAGACCAACAUGCAACACAGAGCGAGGAUAG